ACGAAUACUUUUGUUUGUAGAAACAAAAUAUCACCGGUAUUCAGCAGCGGAAAAAUAAAGAAAGUCUUCAAUUUAAUCGUCGAAACUACUGAUUCGAUGAACACGUAUUUAGAACAACAAUUUACAAACGAUGUGAAGACAAGAAGUAUAGAAAUGAAGGAUAUUGCUCUAAGGUAUACGACUGAUAUUAUAUCUUCCGUUGCCUUUGGAAUUCAAGUAAAUUCUUUCGAUCCCAAAACGAUGCAAUUCUUUAAAAAAGCUCAAAAAGGACUUCGAUUGACAGUUUUCCGUAUGAUUCAAAUUGGCCUUAUGUUUUUCUUCCCCAAAUUUGCACAGUUGAUCGCUGGUAAAAUGUUAGGAUCGUCUACAGAUUAUUUUCGUAAAGUAUUUUGGGAUUCCAUGGACAACAGAGAAAUGACCAAAGCUAAACGAGGGGACUUGAUCGAUUCUUUAAUAGAUUUAAAAAAUGAAAAACAAGAAAACGAUUUCAAAUUUGAGGGUGAUGUGUUGGUGAGUCAAGCAGGUAUCUUCUUUAUUGCUGGUCGUGAAUCAAGCGUAACAACGAUAUGUUUUACUCUUUACGAACUUGCUAAACAACCAGAAAUUCAGAAACGAGUUCGAGAAGAAAUUCAUGAGAAAUUGAAGGAGCAUGGAAUAACUUAUGAUGCCUUCCAAAACAUGAAAUAUCUUAAUCAAAUUAUAUCGGAAACUUUACGACUUUAUCCUCCAGCUCCGCUUCUUGAUCGAGUUUGUGUAGAGGAUUAUAAGAUUCCAGGAACUAAGAUUGUUAUAGAGAAAGGAACACCUGUUUAUGUGGCUUUAUGCGGUCUUCAUAAAGACCCAAAGUAUUUUCCAGAUCCUCUGCGUUAUGAUCCUGACAGAUUUAGUGACGAAAAUAAAGAAAAUAUUAAGCAAUGUACAUACAUGCCUUUUGGCGAUGGACCAAGAGUUUGCGUCGGACAAAGACUCGGCUUAUUGCAAACUGGUAUGGGUUUGGUUUCAAUACUUAAAAAUUACGAAGUUUCACUAGAUCCUACAUAUAAGGGUGGAAUUGAUGUCUUAAACGUUUUUUUGACAGUACCAGAAGGAUUUAGAUUAAAUUUGACAAAACUAUAAGAAAUGUAUAUCACAUAAUUAAAAAAUAAAUCUUUUCUUCUUCUUGUAAUGUAAUACAUUUAAAGGAAUAAGGAAUCAAUUUGAUAAAAUAAGACAAGUAUAUUUAAUAAAGUAAGACAAGUAUGUACAGAUAUAUAUUUGUUAGUACUAUUAUACAAAGUUUUUAGAGGCAUCAUUUAUUAUCGUUUCAUUUCGGCAAUAAUGUUAAAUACUUUUUAAAUUCUGGAAUUAUACAUUCUCGUGGAUUUAAUGGGGUUUGUGCAGUAAGAUAAUCGCUCAAAUAUUGCGGCAUAAAGCAGAGAAUACCUUUACUAGCCAGCAUUGCCCAAUCAAUCGGUUGACUAACUUGUUUUAAAUUCACGAAACAAUGAGUAAUCUUCUUUCCAGUCGGACUUGUAUCAUAUGGUGGUCUAGAACAAGUAAUAGAUAAAUUGUAAUACAUCUGUAGAUGAUUUAAUAAAAAGAUAAUGAUAUCCUUA